AUGGACAUAGAUUCCCCCUAUAAAAUUUUGGGAAUACCGCAAUCGGCUUCAGUGGCAGAUAUUCGAGCAGCUUUUAGGCGUUUGGCUCUAACGACACACCCGGACAAACAGGGCUCCAACACCUCGGGGGGUGAAGCACAAAUGAUGCUUUACUCUUCUCACCCAUUUUAUGUGAUCAAAGAGGCAUCAGAUAUACUUCUGGAUCCGGUGCGGCGUGCAGAGUACGAUGAAGGUCAGCAACGGAUGUAUGCACGCUCCAUCGGGGUCGUAAGCGACGUCCACGACAUCAGUGACUUUCGUCUUGUAGAGGAGAGGAAAGCACUGUGCAGUGAAGACAGGGUAUGUGGUGAUGUGACAAUACAAGUUUACGAGAUGGAGUGCCGCUGUGGUGGGGCGUUUGAGAUUUUUUUGGUUAAGGGUGAGGAGGGUAAUAUGGAUAAGCUCUGCGGAUGCGAUUCUUGUUCUUUAAUAGUUUCUGUAAGGCGACAAACCCAGCAGUGA